AGCCGGUGUGUGCGGUUGUGGCGUUUGCUUUGUUUCUCUAAUAUAAUAUCAAUAAAUAAUCCCUUAUUAAAUGUGAGUGCUAAUAAACCACCUUAAAUCCAUUGUGCUUAUAAAACAAUUACGGUCUACCUAAGACCGCUCGCCAAAAUGGAACACUUUGUUGACAUUAACCAAGUUUUGAGAGACAGCACUUGUGAAAAUUUAGAACAAGUAUUAAAACUUUACUCCGACAAUUGUGUCUCCCACGAUAAUAAGACUGUUGUAUCACAUAUUACAAAUUUGUUAGGAACUAAAAAGACUGUGAAUGAAGGGCUUGUGUAUUUAGCUAUAUUGUUGCCGAGGGGUUCCACAGAAAUUAUUCAUGAAAAUGGUAUGACAUGGGUCGUCUCGUGUAUACGAGCUUGUGAGAAUGAAGAUGCAAGUGUUAGAAAUCUCGCAUAUCUUUCAUUGGCGUCUCUUAUUACAAUCAUGAGCACUUUGCCCGACUUCUUGAAGUCAGUAUCAAACAACAGCAUUGGAAAAUUAAUGGAAUGCAUUAUGAAAGACCCAACUUUGCUGACAUCUUUGUAUUGUUUGGAAGUUUGCCUAAAAUAUCUUCCUGGAACAUGCGGUAAUUCUAAAACGAAUUUAGAAAAAUACUUGCUGAAUUUUUUACAAGAUCAGAACAAAAAUAAAGUGAUCCUCGCUGCCAAGUGUAUGCAUUUGCUACAACAGACUGGGGGAGGUGGAUCCAAAGGCAUCAAUCACAAAACUAAUUGGGAAAGACAAUUUCGAAUGACCAUUAAUUCUUUGCAUUCUUUAAUGGAUGUGUUGUAUGCAAAUGUUAUGGAAACUGUGGCUAGAUCGAAUGAUGAAUUAUGUCUGUCGAUGCCGCCUUUUAGUAUGCCUGAUGAUCCUGCUCAUCAGGUUUUGGAGGUUUCGAAGAGGUUUAAUAAUCUGUGCUAUUUUCUGCAAGUGAUGUUGACGGAACCAUUCCCAGUAGCAAAACGUCUUCAGCCUGAUCUCGUUCUGCAUUUGAUCAACCGAGGACUGGUUGUCACCAGCAAAGUUCUAGCCAGAGUUUCAACCGACAAUAUCAUUUUAAAUGCAUUUUUACCAGAAAUUCAUCAGAGUCUGCUCAAGACCUUAGAUGCACUUCUGUUUUGUGCAAAUGAACAUAUGUUAAGCUACGCUCCAAUAAUCUGCAAAAUUAUUUUGAAUGUUUUGCAAUGGACGCAGGAUAUUGAUACUCCAACACACAGGAUAAUUCGUCUCUCAGCUUACGAGACGUUAAUCAGUUGGAUGAAAGUUUCAAGUUUAAGCAGUUUUAUAGAGCAACACACUACUGAAAUAAUCCUCUCUAUAUUGUUUGAUAUAACACCAAAGGAAUCUAAAGUCAAAUUGGAAAAUAUGAAAGCUGCCAAUAAUGAGAAGAAAAAAGAACAUCAAGAUGUUCAGGAAUGGCACAGUUUUUAUGGUUUCGGAGAGAGCAAAGAAAAAUUAUGCUGCAUAGCAUUGCAAUGCUUCCGAAAGGUGAUGUCUUCAUCUGGAAUAUUCAUGAAACCAACAAUGCAAAAGAAUCUCCAAAGAACACUUGCAGACCUAUUACUACGACUGCAAAACGGCCAAAACAACGACACAAUCUACAACAGAAGUGUGAAAUGCCGAAAACUACUUUACCAAAUAUUCUUCAGCCUAGUUUUACAUCCAAGUUCCCGUUUUCCUCCACCGACACACGAAGCCGUCAUAAUAUUUUCCCAAGGAAAAACCGAUUGCGAUCACGACAUUUCGGAUUUGUGCUCCGAAGUUUUGUGCACGAUCAAAAAAAUAAUCCAGACGAAUAGUUUGAACCGGGACGAAAAUAAGGGACUUGUUUUGAACAAACAGGAGGAAGAAACUGAUAAAAUUCCUAAUGAUACAUUUUUGGUACCACCGGUGGAAGAACCUAUAGUGCUAGACAGCACUGAUUUAUCAGCCAGUGAUGCCGAGAUGGACACAAAAGAAAUAUGUACUUCCCAAGAGUCCAUCGAAACCAUGAACAACUCUGAUGUUCUCCCGAAUUCCCAAACCUCAGUAUCUUCAGCAGAACCUGUGAUUAUAACAUCAGUCAACAAUUGCAAUGGUACGGCUACAAAUAACGUUGAAGAAGAUGAUGAUGGUCCUUUACUAGUGAUUCCAAACGAUGAUGAAGACACUGCCAAGAAAGUAGAGGAAAUUCCUGAAGUUCCAAUUAAAAGACAAAAGUUGGCAGAGGAUGUAGUUUUGCCGAGUUGCGAAGAAAUUGUGGCGGCUGUUAAACAGCAGAACCAUGAUGAGAAAAAUGAUGUCCAGGAAGCCAAAGUCGAAGAAAUGGUGCUGGAGAAUAAUAGUUUGUUUAAGAUCGAGAAAGUUGAAACAGUGUCAGUUGCUGCUUUCGACGAUUCUAAGUCUCGUCACGACUCUUCGACGAUUUCUGAAAAAUUGGCAGAUAAUUCAGUUGGAAAUUUGUCAGUCGAAGAGAUGAUGUCCAGUUUUGUGAGUGAAAUCAAUGAUGAUAUAUAGAUAAAAUUAGUUGUAUCAAACAUCGUUAAAAUGCUAAAUCUUAGAUUUAAUUUUUAUAUUUAUAUACAUUCUCUAAUCCGAUGGGAAUGAAUGUGAUCGAGAGGUUAUUAUGGAGGGUCAUUGGAGAUAUUUGGAAGAAGAAAUCAAUUAUAAAAAUUUUCUU